UCCAACAGGGGGUGCCAGAGGUGCAACUUUGCAGCUAGACUGCAAGACAUGUGGCAGAGACUUUCUGAAAUCUAUGCUUCGUUUUUAGCACAGACUACUUCUCAAUUAUAUUAAUUCGGCCGGACAACAGCGCAAGGCCUUAGAAGCUAAAAGCACUUGAUUGAGCAGAAUUUAGCCUCAACUCCGUUCAAAGUUGUGGUCAGGACCACGCGGGGCCGGACAUGACUGGAGCUGGGAGUGGCGGCCAGGGCCCGUCUGAUGGGUCCGACGGCGAGGAGCCAGAGAAGUGUCCAGUGUGCCUGGGGGCCGUCGCCGGAGCAGAGCUGGCCAUGCCAGACAGCUGCUGCCAUGUUUUCUGCCUGAGAUGCCUCCUCACAUGGGCACAGAUGUCUCCCUCCUGCCCUGUGGACCGAAGACCAUUCUCUAAUGUUUACAGAUGGGAUGGCGACGUCGGCCUGGUGCAGAUUCCUGUAAGGAGGCAAAACACUCAGCUAGAAGCUGACAUUUGCUGCUGUCGAAAGCCUGAACACAAAGUCUGUCUCAAAAACAAGCCAGAUAGGAGAUUACGGCAGCAGAAAACCAAGAGAAAAUCAGACAUCAAAACAAGAGGGCUAGUGCGAAAGUGUAAUGACGAGGAGCCAUCUUCCCUGAGCAGAAAAAAGGUGAAGGGAACAGAGUGCUGCAUGUGGUCUCCACCCCCCUGUGUCCCGAUAACAGCACCAACACAGGACAUUGCAGAUCCGGUUUGGUUAGCAGAGCACCUACCAUAUGACACUGGAUUCAAACCGUGCAAGCUGCAGGCACAAAGUUGUCCUUGGCUCUCCUCUGCUGCUCCCAUUCUUGCCGACGGCACCUCAAGGCGCCGUUUUCCUGGUUGGAACAACUCACCUCCGUUUGGACUCAUCUCAUCUCCCUUGACCUCCAACUCUCCAUUUAGCUCGAGUAAUUUUGUAUUUCAGGGUGUUGUCUGCGCUGUCUCGUGUGCUAAAGGAGGAGAGAAGCGGGGCAGCAGAUCGUCAACAUCUAAAGCUCCCACCAAAGAGCCAGAGUCUCUACCUUCAAGAAGAUCCAGACGCAACACUAAAAGUCAAGAAGAGACUCCUGCAUCAGACCCUAAAUCACCAACACAGGCCAGUUUGUCAGACUCCAAUUCAUCGGCCGGCCAAUCUUCCCACCCUAGCAAACCUUCUCCUGCACCGACAAAGAGGAAAGGGAAAAGAGUAACAAACAGAAAGGCCAGUGGCAAACGGAAAACCACAAGAAAAAACAGCAGCAGCCCAGCAGUCAGUGAGGGGGAUGAAGAUGACAACGUUGAGAAGGAAGAACAGGAGGGUGCAGCUAAUCAAGAGGGGGAUACAAACAACUUUGAUCCGCUGCAGACUAAUACAGAAAAUAGCAUCGAAGGGCCAAAUGGAUGCAGCUCUGCUGAUGAGCAAGGAGGCAUUGUUCAGCAGAACAAUGAGGUGACUCAAGAAGAAUCCUGUGAACAGCAACAAGAAGAGACAUCUGGCGACGAAAAGAAUGACCUCUCCUGUUUUCCUGACUCGACUCAGAACAGCCCGGUUUCGACCUGUGAGGAAAUGCACAACAAAACAGAAGAGCCAGUCAGCCCUGGAUCCAGUGCAGGAAAAGAGUUUGAUGAAAGGACUUUACAAUCUCCCCCUGACUCUGACACCUCCCUGCUGGAAGAUCAGGUGUCUCUUCAUAGUGACGAGCACACGCUGCAGGAUGAGAACAUGGGCAUUUUUGAGACACCAGAGGAAGCAAAAGCAGAAGAAUCUUCUAAGGAAUUGAAGGAUGAAAUGUGUAAAGACUUGAAAUGGUCUGAUUCACCAGCUGCAAGAGAAUCUGAGCAAAAUAUAACUGAUGAAGAUGUAAACACACUUGAGGAGCCCAGUGUUGAAAUGCCCAAAUCACAGGAGAGUUCAGGAGUAAAAAGUUCUGUAGCAGUACCUGAGACAGGUCCCACACCCAAUGAGAAGGUUGUGGCCAAAGAGGAAGUCCUAAUGGACUCUACCAUCCAAGGGGAGGCCUUUAUGAAGAAGGAUUUUUUGACCCAAGAGGAAGCCAUAGUCAAGGAAAGCUCUAUAGUCAUUGAGGAAACAUCAUUGAAGGAGGAUUCAAUGGCUCAAGAAGACGCUUUAACAAAGCAGAACUUUGUGGGCAAAGAGGAGGUCACAGCCAAGGAAAGAUCUCCGGUCAAAGAGGAAGCCAUAAGAAAAGAGAAUGAUACACCAAAGGAUGAUGUCAAGUCCAGCAAUGACUCUGCACCCAGUUGUGAUUACACAACCAAGGAUGACACAAAUGUCAUCCCUAUGGAUUGUAGCUCACCUGCAACUGAGCCUGGGAGCAGUUCCUUUUUGGAACUUGCAAGCGACAAGGAUUGCCUUACUGAUGUAGUAACACCUGCUACUGCUCCCGAAAACCAAGUCAACAAGAAUCCCAGCGCCAAGGAAGAAAGGGAGAGGGAAAGGAGCCAAGAGAGAAAGAAUGGCAAGCAGCGGCGCUCUCGCUUCCACUCUCCAUCCUCCAAAUGGUCACCUCAAAGGGAUUUAAAGAGGGAAUCAUCUAGACGCUCACGGUCAAGAGAACGCGAUGACAUGCCCUCGAGUCGGUCGUCCCUAGCUCGCAGCAGAGACAGGGACCGGGAUGGAGAGCGAGACUAUUCCAGAAGGGACCGCAGCCGUGAAAGGAGAAGGCGGCGAUCCAGGAGCCGUUCUAGAUCAAGGUCUCGGUCCAGAUCGAGAUCUAGAUCUCGAUCAAGGACGAGGUCUCACAGGCGAGGGCAUAGUUCUGAACGGCCAACGUCCAGAGAGGAGUCUCCACAGAGGAAGGACCGUAGAGGAGGCUGGAAGUCUGGGCAUGGGGGUGGGGGUGGCUCUGGCUCUGGUUAUGAGGGACGAAGAUACCAAGGAGGGGCUGGCCGCUUUGAAAAUGGUGUGUCUCAAGAGAGCUCUCACGACAAACCCACCUGGUCAGAGAAUCCUGACUGGGUCACAGAAAAGACUCGGGGUGACGGCGAAGAGAGGAACCGGGACUCGGGCUUCAGUGGUUCAAAGUGGGAAGACCAGCGCAGAGGGGGUCGAGAAGAGGGAGAAUCACGUGGACGGGGAGAUCGUGGAGGAUUUGACCUUGGUCGGGGUACAGGACGGGGCAGUGGUAACCACAGCUUCUACGGCCAACAGGAGGAAACAUCUGACACCCGUUGGCAGCCCAGAAAUCAUUUCUCAGGUACAGGCAACAAUUCAGGGAACGACUCAUACAGCCGCUUCAAUGAAAACCGGGGCGGCAGUCGGAAGAAAGAGCCAGAGGCGGGAGACUCCAUGAUUGACCGGUCAGGCUGGUCCUCAGCAUCCAGCUGGGCUGUGAGGAGGACGCUGCCUGCAGAUGUGCAGGAUUAUUACUCCAAAAGGGAGAGAGGGGGAGCUGGCAGCUGGAACAGACAAGAGGAGGAGCAGCAGCCACCAGCAACAGCAGAUCCACCAAAGAGUGAUCCUCCUCCUCCUCAGGUGGUCCCUGGGAAUGCGGCAGUUGCCGUGUUGAACGUGCUUCCUCCUCCUCCUCCUCCUCAGCUCAGCCUUCUUCACCAUCAGUAUCCCAUGCAGCGCCUGCAGGGACCCCUGCCAGUCAGCUUGCAGCCCGCAGCCCCCUACGCCAUGCCCCCUCAGGUCCCCAUGCACCUCCACCCUGCAGUGACACUGCUUCAGGUGCCUACUGUGGCCACCCAGGGCCUCCCGCCGCCUCCUCCGCCACCCCCUCCCAUGCAGGCUGGGAACCAGACUAUAGCAGCUGCAGCACAACCUGAGGGACACACAGCUCAGAUGGUGAGCGCAGUCGUAGGCUACGGCAAAUCAUCCCUUCUCCCCACGCCAGCAAAAGUGGCCGUGGCAACAGUGUCCCAGGUUCCUCCAGCACCCAGUCAGGUGAUGCCGUCCUCUACAACUCAGUCCAGCCAGCACAGCAAGGCUCAGGCUGAUAGCUCCAAAAAAGAAAAGAAACAACAGAUCCAAGAGAAAGCUAUAAAUGAAGUGAAGACAGCCAUCAAACCAUUUUAUCAAAAGAAGGAAAUCACAAAGGAGGAGUACAAGGAGAUUGUCCGCAAAGCAGUAGAGAAGGUCUGUAACAGCAAGAGCGGAGAGGUGAAUUCCAGCAAGGUGGCCAACCUGGUGAAGGCCUACGUGGACAAAUACAAACACGCACGAAAGAAAUGAACCUCCGCUGAUCUGUUGCUCCCGGGGGCGGCAGUUUCCCUCAGACCUGUUCUGCUGAUCUGAUCAAGUGCAAUUUCCUCCUGCUGGAAUUUGGCCUCCAACCUGAAAGAUGACGGAGAGCCAGCAUUUUCCUUUCUUUGUGAUAAAUAUACCUUUUAUUGAAAUUUUGUUUUCUAUAGAUUUUCAUAUUUUGUUAGAAAAGAAUGACCUGAUCACAAAUUGUAAUGCAAGAGCCCUUUAUUUUGCUUAGAUAAUGGGACUUGGGGAGCUGCUGUAGAGAGAGCAGCAUAUCUUUGAGAGAUUCGUGAAGAUGCUCUCUUUGAAGAGUGUGUUGUGAAGAGCAUCCUAAUUUCACAGCUUGAUUCAAUAUCAUCAAUGUUCCUUUUAAAAAGAAUUAUGUAAUAUUUCACAUGAAAGCCGACUUAAAAAGGGCUUUUGUCUUUAAUACUCUGUGGCCCAAUGAGGGCCUUCAAUCUGAGGGCUGUGAUUGUAAUCAGGACUCUGAUUGGAUACAAAGUCAGAUGCCCAAUCAGAAGUGAGCGUGAGGUUCCGAGGUGAAUGUGUAAUAUCAAUGUGUGUACGUGAGCUGUGCAAAGUAUCUGGAAAGUAGUGAAAUAAACUAGAUGCUUCCUGCUGUGCUGUGUUUGUCAGAGGCUUCCUACCGAUCAGGUGGUGCGGGGGGGUAUAAACAGCUCUGAGCCACAGGGUGGGGGUAAUGCUCCUGGAUUAGUGGAAAUGCUUAAUGCUCAUUUCAGUUUGGGUGAGGUUUAUUUCUCUGUGUAAAAAAAAAAUGUUAAAUUGUCUGAAUGGAAACGUGAUUAUUGGGCAGCGAUGAUUAAAGACAGCAAGGAUUUCACGUAACAUGUCUAAUUAGCUCCUGGAUUGGUCACCAUUUAAAGUUGGAUCUUUUCUCCUUGAAAAUUAAAGAUCUAAUAAAGUUGAUUUCAUCUUA